AUGGCCUUACACCUACACCUCAGCCAGGCACAGCGGCUCCAGCUCGUUAUAUGCAUUUCCCUGUGUUUCUUCAUCGCGGAGAUUUCUGUUGGAUUCUACACGAGAUCUCUUGCCCUCGUUGCGGAUGCAUUUCACUAUUUGAAUGAUCUAGUUGGAUUCAUGGUGGCCUUCGCCUCCGUCAAGAUAUCUGCGAAAAAAGACUCGCCAUCAGACUUAUCCUUCGGCUGGCAACGAUCUCGGCUCCUCGGUGCAUUUUUCAACGGCGUUUUGCUUCUUGCGCUGGGUGUGAGUAUCUUUUUGCAAUCCUUAGAACGGUUCAUAUCCUUGCAAAUAGUCGUUAAGCAGCCAAAGCUUGUUCUCAUCGUUGGCUGCGUUGGACUUACUCUCAAUAUUAUAAGUGCCUCAUUUCUUCAUGGUUUGUAG